GUCAAUUGCUAAGCACAUGACUUCAUGAGUGUUCCCCUAACACACACCCAUGUUGUAACCUACCAUGCAGACUAUUUCUUGAUGUGAUAUAAAGCACCUGUACAGAAAGAGACAAGAGAACUUUUGACUGCAUAUUCAAGCUGGUGUGAAAUCUCAGGAGUUUUAAUGGCUAACAUUGGUGAAUGUGGACAAUUUGAGUUAGGAUGAGACAUUUUUUGGGAAAGAUUUGAAAGGAAACAUUCAUUUAGAUGCAUAGGAAUUACUAAGGUUUUUUAUAAUCAAGCCUUGAGGAAAAUUUGGCUUUGGAAGCAGGAGAUGCUCAGUGGCUUUGCCCCAGGAAAGUCUCCUGGAAAGGGCACCUCUGCUUAUGCUCAGUACAGGGAGAACAUUAGCAGGGAGGCAAAGUCUGCUCCCCAUGACAUCUGCUGUCCCUUCUUGGACAUUCUAUUGUCUCCUAGAGAGUUCUGGCAUCCUCUGUGAUGUCACCAGUGUUGUAGUGACAACCAGUGCCCUAGUUUCUCUCAGUCUGAGUCUGGCGGUUACAAGCUAAGACAUGUUUUCCUGUCUUCGCAAGCGUUUUGGGAGGGGGAACGUCGAUGCUGGAGAGACUAGAGUGAAGGAGUCUGGCCUUUCGUCUCAAAGUAAUGAUGGACAAAGACAGCACUUCUGGGGAAUGUUGAACUCUGGGAGAAAAACAUCAUCCCCUGGCACUGACCUAAGCAAGAAUCAGGCCAUGAAGGAAAAGGAGAGGCUGAUUAAAGAGCUGCAGCUCAUUACCGAGGAGAGAAAUGACCUGAGAGAUCGCCUGAGGUUUCUGACAGAGAGAUCCAUGAAGAACAGGCCACACUUCAGGCCAAAUCCAUAUUAUGAAGACCUGGAGAGAAUGGAGGAAGCGGUCAUGUCAAUUCUGCACAACUUAGAGAAGGAGAGCACUGAGUUCCAUGAGAACAACCAUAAGCUGAAGAAGGAGAUUACCUUCUCUAGAAACCUGCUCAGCCAGCUCCUGAUGGAGAACACAUGUAGGAAGAAGUUGGUCCCACUGAAGCAGGAGAACAAGGAGGUACAUCUUGAUUGUGCACUGAACCAGAAAUAUUUGGUUGACUUCAACAAGAAAGAUAAAGACCAUCAACGGCCUGAACCACCAUUAUCAGGUCUCAGAAAGUGCAAGAGAGCUGGAAUUAGACACACCCCAGUAAGAGAGCUUCCUGAAGAAUAAGUUGCUUUCUCAGGAGUCCCUGAUGACCAACAUCCUGAAUGGUAACAACAGUUUUUGGAUGAGUAUUCAUCCUCUGCGUUAAUUUGUCAUUUCUUAGAGACCCUAAAUUUAUAUACCACUAAGCCAUCCUGACUGAUUGAGGUCUUACUCACUUUCUUCUUCAGAAAACAGCACUUGAGAGACAACUUGGGGGACCGCCUUUCAUUAUGUGUGCUAGAGGAGAAACAGCAAUACGUCUGUGCUUCUAAAUGUUCGUUAAGAAUAUGCUUUUAGAAAUAUUUUUGUUAUGAUUUUAAUUGAAGUUUUCUUUUUGUUGUUUCAUAUUUAUAUGUUCUUGUUACUAUUUUUACUUUCAAAUAUUUUUAA